AUGAUUGGUUGUAUGCACGCAGGGAACGACGGAUCGUGUCCUACAUGCGGCACAUACUUACAUCCUCAUAAGUCAGUAGAAUCGGACUCCCCGCCGUCCGACGACGAAUCUACCACGAUGGAUGACAGUAACACAUCGUUUCCCGGUCCGUCCGCACGGCCCUACCCCACCAUUGGCACACCUUCGCAAUACCCGCCGGAACCACCGACCACCGGUGGCCAGGAUGGAAGCAUCGUCGAGGAAAACGCGGUACUGCUCGAGGAAAACCGGAAGCUAACGCGCAGUCUGCUGGAACUGCAAGUGGAAACGGAACGGUUAAAGCAGCAGCAGAAUCUCCUGUCCGGGUUGGGGCGGCGUCGGGACAGCCUGAGCGGACUGAGUUCCACCAGCCAACCGAUUGGCAGCAUGGGUCAAAACAGUCCCGCACCGUCGUACCGGUCGUCGGGCAAUUACACCUCCGGCAUCGUAGCGGACGUGGUGCGAGAGAUACGCGACAUCUGUCGAGUGCGUGAGGAUGCAACGUUCGAGCGGUUGCGUAACCUGCAGGAAAACCACAUGUGGUCCAUCAACGAUACGCUGCAGCGGCUGGCGAAGGACGUGGACACGAUGCAGAAAUCCGUCAGCGCGGCACGCAUCGACCUGGAGAAGCUUACCAGCCGUGUGUUACAGCUGGAAAGUAUUGUACUACCGCAGACGGCGGUGUGUCUUGCUGGGGCGCAACACAAUCACACGAUGCCACUCUCCUCGAUGCCACUGUUCGGUGGAAACGUCCAACAGGCACUGUUGCUACAGCAGCUGCAACACCAACAGUCCAACUCCUCCCAACAACAGCAGCAACAACAACAACAUUCCCCACAGGCAACGGUUCCUUCUCAGCAGCAAUUCCACACGUUUGGUGUGAGUGAUCGUUCACCUCCAAGCAGUGCAGGUUGUGCCGGCAACAUCAACAAUUCCACCAGCAACAGCAACAACGGUGUCAAAUCAGGCAGCAACAACCUGCCGUCGAUGCUGCGACUCAAUUACGGGCGGAUCGCCACCACCGAAGACAUGUAUGGUGGUGACACGGUUACGGUCGAGCUGGGAAAUGGAAAUUCUGGCACCGGCAGCACCACCACCUCGGUCCAUGAGGCGUCCUCACGCGUGCUGAUGCUGGAGAAAGGCGAGGUGGAGCUGAGGCGUGAUCUGCAGGACGCAAUAGCGGCCAAAAACGAACAGUCGAAAAAGAUCGCCUACUUACAAAAGGUGGUGAUGGCAUUGCAGAAAAAGGUUGACUCGCAGUCGACGGACACACCGAACGCGGGUGGCAGCAGCAACAACAUCAGCGGCAUUGGCGUGAUCGGACCGGUGACCGAUUUGUAA